CACCUCCUUACACACGCACACACACACACGACUGACUGUCACACACUCACUCGUCUAAGCAAGACGAUUGUUUUUAAUGUAUCUACUUGUGCAAAAUUGCGUGAGUUUAUUUUUUUGUAUUUUUAUUUUUUAAGUGUGUUAUUAUCUUUGAAGCCCCGAUGACGGCGCGAGCACGCGGACAGGCUGCGCUUGUCACACACACACACACACAUCUGGAUCAGACCAGAACCGUCGGUACCAGCGCGGGCAUGACGGCGGGAAGUGACGCUGCGUGUCAAUGAUGAACACUCUCCGGGACUGCUCGUCUUGAUCUUCACUUAAACCCAGAUGCCUCCUCUUCCUCUCGACGAGCGCAUAGUGGUCAUCCAGCGGCCUGAAAACUUAGCCUUGUGUGAGGCUUCCCACCAAGUAAUCCCGCAUCACACGUCUCGGAUAUCCACUACUUCCAAUGAACAAGUCUCUCGACUUUCUCGGACUCACCCUUCUCAGCCUCACUUUUACUCACCCACAUGUAAAUCUCUGACUCUGGAAUGCAAACGCCGAUCCUCCCGUGCACAGAAAAUCACGGACAACCAUCUGGUUAUCCCCGCGGGUCACCAACAAACCCCAAGCCACUGCCACAGCAAUGGAACCGUGACUCUCGGUCCACGACUGCCAUCCCACACACACACGAUUGAUAUCAGACUGAAACUUGACAAAGGCAGCAGAGCAGGAAUUAGCAACUCACUUGGUCGGACUGGAAGUGUCAAGUGUACAAAAGCAAAAUGCCCAACUUUACAUUUGGAUCAGUUUGAGAGAAGAAGUGGAGGUGAACGCAAGUCGCAGCAAAGUCGACACAAUCAGCUGUCAUCUUCCGACGGAGGACUUCUGCAGUUUGUCCCUGCCCAGGCGCAGCAUUACAAGCUCAGGGGUGAAAAGGGAAAGGAGAAUGUUCUGAACAGAACUGACCAACAAUUUCCCUCGCUGGAUUAUAAGAAUUCCAAGCUGGGCACUCUGCGCCAAAAUCAUACAAGUCACAGUCUUUCCACUAAUAGUAACUCUGUCCCUGUUCCCCAUGCUGCCAUCCUAAACCACCCCUCUUCCUCUGCCCCUCAUCCCGUACACUUCCCCGCCUCCCUCCAACAACUCAACGGGCCUCGCUUUUCUCGACACAGGGAUCACCGUCCUCACAUUCUUCAUGGUCUCACCCUCUCUCCCUGUACCUCCCAUACAGGAGGAUUCCCCAGCCCUGACCACACCUGUACCAUUGACUGCACCCACCCCUUUGGAUGCGGUUGUUGGAGGUUGGUAAGAUGCAAAGGAUCUAAGGGCCACUCCUCGACGUGCCAAAGAGGUGGAGGUAGCUCUUCCACCUCCUUUUCCGGUGGCCACAAUGUUGGGGCAGUAAAAAAAGGAGGCAAAGAUAUGGGGCUGAAAAAUCUUGGAGGAUGUCUGUCCACCACCUCCACCUCUAACACCUCAUCAACCAACAGCACUGUGUCUGACCGCCGGUCCAAUAUGUUUAAACCACUCCGCUGUGCCUCCUGCACUAGAGAGGCUGGAGCCUUUGAAAGUCCUGCUAUUCUUCGUAAAAAACUAGUAGGGGGAUGUCUGCCGUGUACCCCUUUAUCCUCUUCGGCCCCUCUUAGGGCAAUUCAAAGCUGUGUCACAGGCUGCAAUCCCAAAGCCUCCCAGAUAGGUAGCUCCACCUGCAGCUACUGUAGCAGCGAUCCCAUAGUGGUAACAUUUAACCCUCGCAGAGGUAAACCGCCCGGAAGGAGUAUUGGGGCGCCUCAUUCAGCGACUAUGUUUCAAGCUGAUGACGAUGACUACAGUGUGCGUACUAUCUGGCCAGAGGAACUGGCCAGAAAGAUGACCCAUUCCACAGCUCAAGAAAAUCACGGUGCCGGCGUGGGAGUAAGUGUUGGGAAGACCACUUCGAGCCAGAUCCAAAAUGGAAGCAACGGAAGUGGACUUGUACUCCUGGACUCUCAUAACCUUCAAGAGUAUACACACUCUCAGCUAACAGACCAUGCUGGACGGCGUCGCCUACAGCAGGGAAACAUGGCUGCUUUGGAUUUUAUAGGCUAUAGGUCAGGGUCAGGAUUUGAAGGAGGCCGGAAUUCACUAAGGAGGCUUCUUAAUAAAGCCGACAACGUAGGAAUGAGCAGCACGCUUGAGCAUGACAGAGACGCCCCAUAUACUGGUUCACCUUCUCCCUGCUCACCUUCUCCACCAUCACCGGUUUCCUUUUCGCCUACACCGUCUGCCCCCAACACACUCAUCAAACCCAAACCCUGGCAGAGAGACCGGGAAGGGGGGCAUUCGCUACCAUCAGCUCAGUCCCUUCACUUGGCACUGAACUCACUAAACAGAGAGCAAGAUGAAGAGAAGAGCAGAAUGCACCUUUCCCUGCCACUUUCAUCUUCGCUGCCAGCCUCCCUAUCCGAUGAGUCUGCCAUGACUCCCGAUGCGGAGAACGCAGUCGUCAGUGCCAUCCUUCCAUUCUUGUUUCUUGGAAAUGAACGGGAUGCUCAGGACUUGGAUCUCCUGUUGCGCCUCAACAUCGGCUACGUGGUGAACGUGACCACUCAUCUGCCCCUCUACCACGUCAAAUCUGGACUGCGCUACAAAAGGCUGCCAGCCACAGACAACAGCAAACAAAACCUUCGACAAUACUUUGAGGAGGUUUUUGAGUUUAUUGAGGAGGCAUAUCAGAGUGGGCAGGGAGUGUUGGUGCAUUGCCAGGCAGGUGUGUCCCGUUCUGCAACCAUCGUCAUCGCCUACUUAAUGAAGCACACCCUCAUGACAAUGACAGACGCCUAUAAAUACGUACGUAGCCGUCGUCCUGUGGUGUCACCAAAUUUAAACUUCAUGGGCCAGCUUUUGGAGUUUGAGAGAGACCUCAACUCAGGGGUGACUCCUCGCAUCCUGAUGCCUAAACUUGACGGUGUGGAGACGCAAAAGUGGGAUGUGGAUGAUUUCUGCCGCCGCUGCGACCCCUGCGUUGCCCGCAAAGGCCCCACUGGGCGCUCACAGGCGCCGCUCCAACAGUUCCCAGUGGGGUGCCCCAUGGACAGGGUGGGGAUUGACAUUACGGGGCCCUACCCACGGUCGGACAAGGGGAACCGCUAUGUCCUUUCCGCCAUUGACUAUUUUACAAAAUGGCCAGAGGCAUACGCCAUUCCCAACCAGGAGGCAGAGACCAUUGCUGAUGCCCUGGUGGGCGGCAUGAUAAGUCGGUUUGGCGUUAUGGCGUCUCUGCACAGUGACCGGGGCACGAACUUUGAGUCCCGGGUGUUUUCCGCCUUGUGCGAGCGCCUGGGUAUCCACAAGACCCGCACUACCCCAUUGCACCCUCAGAGUGAUGGGUUGGUGGAGCGUUUCCACCGCAACCUGGGAGACCAGCUCGCCAUUGUCACCUCCCGCCACCAGCGUGACUGGGACGAACACCUACCGCUGGUGCUGAUGGCGUGUCGCUCUGCUGUCCAGGAAUCCACGGAGUGCACACCGGCGCUUCUCAUGUUAGGGAGAGAGAUGCGCACACCAGCAGAGCUGGCCUUUGGCCGCCCUCCUGACGCCCCGGCCUUCGCUGCAGGACCAGAGUACGCCAGGAAAUUACAGGACCGGCUGGACUCAGCCCACAGUUUUGCUCGGGAGCGGCUGCAGGAAGCUGGUGUGAAACAAAAACGCUACUAUGACAUGACGACCCGAGGGAGGGACUUCGUGCCAGGCGAGUUGGUCUGGGUUUACAACCCGAUUCGGAAGAAGGGCCGCAGUCCCAAGCUGGACAGCAAAUGGACAGGGCCCUGUAGGAUACUCCAGAAGCUGGGAGAGGUUGUCUAUCGUGUCCAGCUGCCCCCCCGGGGAAGGAAAGUGGCCCUCCACAGAGACAGACUAGCCCCCUACCGGGGGGGUCCCCCUUCCCCUGCCUCGGAUACACAGGUGACCUCUCCCUUGCCCACCCAGCCCGUUCCCAAUACCCCGUUUACGCUCCAGGAAGAACCAAUUUCCCCUCCCCUUGUGUCCCCUGCCCCUUCCAGCUCCCUCCCGAGGACUGGCACACCUGACCCAGUUGUCCCAUUCCUGGGGACUGGAAGGGAGCGGCCGAGGCGGAAAAAGAGGCCUCCGGACCGCUUAAUGAAAGGAGACACCCCAGUGAACAGCACCAUGAGUGUCGGCCAGGCCAGGAAGCUGGUGGAGCAACUGAAGAUAGAGGCUAGUUUCUGCAGGAUAAAGGUGUCCAAGGCGGCGGCUGACCUGAUGGCCUACUGCGACGCCCACUCCUGCGACGACCCCCUGAUCACGCCCGUGCCCACCUCAGAGAACCCUUUCAGGGAGAAGAAGUUCUUCUGCGCUCUGCUUUAAAACUAAUCAGGGAUUGUUGUAAUUUUAAGUACAAAAAGUACAGCGUGUACACGUAUGUAGUGUGUACAUGUACCUGCCAUCAAAUCAGACAUGAAGUACAGUACUCGCAGCACAUUCUGCUAUGAACUACUAGACUGUCCUCUCAGUGUUAGAGAACGUUCAGCAAACCUGCAGAUUUAUGAGUCAGAGUCAUCAAGACAGGACUGAAAGAAAAUAUUUAAUCCAUCUCUAAGAAAAUAUCUCAUUUAUAAAUACAUAACAAGAGUUAAAUAUUAAUAAGAUCCACUUGUAAGGCUGGGAUACAUUCCUGUGAUUUAUUUAUGAGUCAUGUCAAACAAUGUUUAGCUCUGAGCAUUAGGGUGUGUGUACGUAGGUGCUAUGUGCGAAAAUGUAUGAGUAAACAAAUAUGUAAAUGUACAUCCACAAUGGCCCUUUCAUCAGGUACACCCAGGGGAGCCCCCACAUAUGCGGACCCCUCCAAGGUUUCUCGUUGUUACCAUUGGGUUGAGUUUUUUCUUGCUGAUGUGGGAUCCGAGCCAAAGAUGUCGUUGGGGCUUGUGCAACCCUUUGAGACAUUUGUGAUAAGGGCUAUAAAAGUAAACUUUGAUUGAUUGAUUGAUCUGUGCAAUCCAAUGAAUGAGCAGCGCAUUCAUCAUGCUAAGAGUCAGCCGAGCACACCUUGGACUGGAAACUUAAUUUUAUUUGGGGUUUUGUUUUUUACAGGUAAACAUUAGAUAACUAAUCAAAACAAAGGCACAUUGGCUAAGAUAACGCAAUUAUCUGACAUGUGAGUUAACAAAAUCGAGACGAGUAUAUUGUCAGGAAAAAAAUCCAAUCAUAUUAAAUUCUGUCUUGUCAAUUGGUGGGACAAGAUCGGAAUAUGUCCCAUCACAGUUUAUUAACGGUGUACAUUGAAAGAAGCGUGGGAAUUAGUUAUAUAAGAUGCUUUUCCUUGCGGGAUUAGAAAGUCACCGCCAAAAACGAAAUGUGAGGAUUUAGCAUGUUCUACAUGGUAAUGUGAACAACUGGGAUAAAGUGAACACAUUUUUACUGCUGUGAUGCAAUCAGCCAGCGAAUCAAUGAUCAUGAUAUCAACACAACUUUAAGUUAAAUCUACUAUUUGUUGGUUACAGUGUUGUGGCAAAAACUGACUCCCUGCCAAAAUUGUAUUCCGGACGCGUGAGUGCGCAUCACAUCUGUCCACAUGUGAAUACUACCGGUACAUAUAAGAAACACAUUUGUGGUGACUGUAAGGAUAUGUGUUGGAAAUUAUUUAUGCCUUCAUCGUGUUUGAAAAAUGAAAGAGUUGGCCCAUUUCUAUGGUAUUUUUGAGCUUGUAAAAGACCGUUGUUGAUCCGAUGUGGAUGUGCUAAAACUUGUUUAAAAGCUACAUAUAAUAUUAAUAGUGUUUAGAUGUAUUCUUGGUUGCCAAAAUAUAUUUUAUGUAAUAUUUUCAUAGACAUCCCAUCUGUGCAUCUACUAAAAAAAUUUCAAACUACAUAACUAGAAAUAGAUGCUGUGUGAACACAUUUACAAAAAUCCACAAAUAAUGUCAAUCUCCUGGUGUAUAUUUAUUAGACAUUUUUAUUGUACUUUGCAGUGAGCUUUUUCCAUUAUUUUUGACCAGCUCAUGCAACUAAACAAUUUCAGCAAAAAUAUUAUACAGUACACCUAUACAUAAUGCACCUGUCAGUGUACAGUGCAGUUGCUACAAGCACAAUAAUAAAGAGUUAAUACUUCUCGGAGCAUUGAAUUGUGAUGACACGGCACCAAUUAAAACCAAACAACUGAUUACCUUGAACUUUAAGUUAUAUGACAUGAAGAAUGGGUACAGUAGAGGGUUUUCUAUUGCGACCAAUAUUUGUUCAUUAUUACUUUGACCACAUAUUUUUAAUAUUUUAUGACUAUUACAUCAGCAACUCUGGUAGGUUGAAACAAGUUAUCUGAACAACAAGCAAGGAAAUAAAACCUGGUGAAACACUUUUCCCCUCACUUGCGAUUUUAUUUCAUAUAUGCUCACUCCAAAAAAAACACGUUAGAAUAAGUGUUAUUUCUCAAACAUAUACAAGCGUAUAAGACAUUGUGUUAACUCUUCUGUAAUACAACUACCAUGGUAUUAAGAAAUGCAAUGUAAUAACCAAUACUGGUAUUUUUUCCAAAUCUGAAUAAUCACAGUAAAUGACUUGCUUGCAGAAUUUAAAUUCCUAAUAUUUUGACAUAAAUGACAUAAUUCCAAUUUUGUGUGAUUAAUUGCAAGUAAUAAACACUAACUUUGCAUGAAAAAUCCAAAGGUCUCUUCCAUACGCACAAAAG